AUGCCACUAUCUUCAUAUUGGAAUAACCUGGUAGUUCUUCUGGCUCAAUGCGGCACAAGUUCUAUGAGAGGUGAUUGCUGCCUUGUUAGAUUAACUCUAAGGGAUCAAGAUAAGAUUGGGUUAGCAUUGGGUUGUAGAAUGAGUAUCAAAUCGGCUAAAGAAGGACAUUUCAAAACAAUGAGGUACUGCUUGGCAUGGUUUUAUCUCGUGCUAGUAUUGUUGAAUAGUGUUGCUGGAUUGUUUGAUGAUGAUCUAUGUUUAGAAAGUAGUGAUGACGAUGAUGGUGAUGACAACGUGGUGGAUCCUGUUGAAGUGUAUUAUAUGGGUUAUUGUGGCGAUCAGAAUUUACUUAAGCCUACCAACCAAGGUGUUGACCAGUUGGAUAAUAUUAAUGAGUCCAUUGAGAAAACACCAAUACCAUGGGAAACGGCGCAGUGGAUAAUUCAUAAGCUGAAAUCAAUUGGGUUGGUAUUUGGCAAAAAAGACGCAAUCGUGAGUCUGACGUCUUAUAUAUAUAGAUAUCAAGAUGGGUCAGUAGUGAAUGACAGCAUACUCACAUAUAAGUCUAAGUAUAUGAUAAACCAUUUGGGAUCAAAAAUCACAUUUGUACUGCCUAGAUAUGCAAGUAUGGCACAAGCUCGGGCCGAUAUGAAUAUAUUAAAAGAAGUUGCGGUCAUUCGAGCCGAUAGAUUCGAUUAUCUAUGGGUUACCUUUAAGUACGAUAAGGCCAAUCCAAGUUACGCACGGGCAAACAUGUCUAUUCUAUCUCGAGUUAUUAACCUGAUUGAUGCCAAAAACCUAAUCUUUCUUGUGGGUGCUCAGUCGAAAAAUCAUGUAAUGGACUUUAAAUCUGUGGCCGAUGCUGGUUAUAAAGAGGCAAUAGAUGUCAAUAGACAUGCUAGUUAUAAGUUCGAGUGCCAUCUUCUGAUUCCCAGGGCAAAUGACGUCAUGAUGAGGUUUUUCGAAAAAGAUGCUGUCUAUCAGCGGCCCAUUGUAAGAAUCACAUUGGACUACAAUCAAGUUCCAUGUCUUGAUUUACUUAACAUACUUCCACUCGAGGACGGUUAUUCACUUACUUUCAUGGACCUUUUUCCAGGCGACAUGAUGGGUCCAGUAGAAGUGCUUAAUAUUGAUUUUAGUCCUCUUCAAAGCUCGUUAGUCAAAUGCGGUGAGAUAAAGAUUAUGAGAAUGCUGGACAAAGAUAUAAAAGUAACAGGUCUUGGUAAUAUGACUAGUGAUUGUCUGACGAGGAGUUUAAUGUUGAGAUGGAGUGACAUAUUGCCAAUAAAAUAUGAACAGGGCCAAACCCAAACAGAUACUAUCAUUGGGUUAGAGAUUUCCCCUACAUAUGACCAGAACUUGUUCAGCAUUGCUAACAUUUCAAUACCAGCCACGCCUUGGCUUUUUGCCGCCAAACUCAUUUCUCCGAUUGCCACUAAACUGCCAUGCAGGCCAUUGAAUGCCUAUCAAGGAAUUUACACUAAAGAGGUUUUUGCCAAACUUGGCAUCGUAACUGAUGAGGUAGAUGUAUGUUAUAGUACUGGCCGGAAAGACUUUAUCGCCACAUUCGAACUGUUCUACAAAAUCAAUGCCAUCUCACCAACUUUUAUGAUGAUGAUCCAACGAAUGGGCAUUGUCUGCCAAGGAGAAAGGCUUAGUACUCCCAACUGGAAAUGUCAUGAGACAGUUGACAUUAAACUUACGGAUCGUGAUUUAACAGACCUAUUCAACAUGUACAGAGAACAAGCCGGAGAUGCCUUUUGCCAGAAUAUACACUAUUCAACCAUCAUAUUUCGCGCACCUAACGUAGUAGACAUAAAAUGUGUUUGGGAGUGUAUUGAGUUUCUAAACCGAUUCCAGAACAUCACUGCUGAUCAACUCCGCUUCUCACUUAUUCGCUCAAAGAUUAAUUUCCUCAACGAUUUUGAAAUGAAGACUCUAUAUUUCCAGAAAACGUGUAAUUGGUGCCUUAACGUCAAAAGUUUAGUCCUUGACAAUGUUGAUCUUAACAUUAUCUACAAAAUAUUGGGUGAAUAUACUUUUGUCAGACUUGUUGAAAUACAAGUUCUGAAUAUGCGCUUCCAUAAUCUGGCUAUUGCUCAAAUCCUCACUUCUCCUAUUGGCCCGCAGAUCACUUCGCUCGUACUUAAUGACUGCCCUUGUCUAGAUGAGGUUAAGUAUUGCGAACAGCCGGAUGUGAUCAGUGGCUUCUCGUUAUUCAAGUAUAUCAGUCUAGCCAAAGAACAAAACCAAACCACACAAGACCUCGGCUUAAGCAAACUGGUUCUGCAGUUGACUGAGACCGAUGCUAAACUCUAUAACAAUGCCCAGCAGGUCUUUGAUAGUUAUGAAAUUCAAUUUCAAACUGCCCCGAUAGACUCCGCGCCCCAAACAUAUGAACAGAUCGUGGCCAAAUACUUAUGA